AUGCUUGGUCUACCCUCGCUUCUUCGAAAACGUCUCGAUACGGCCUUAUACGAGCAGAGUGUCCAGAGGGUGGCCUUUGAGGACUUCUCGCGUGAGCAAACGGAGCGUGUGCCGAUUUGGAAGGCUAUGGUCCUCGAAUACGAAGCUGAUGGUACAAAGCCGAAUUCGUAUGAAGGAAAAGAUGAGGGUCUUACGGAGGCUCAAGUCCGGGAAAAGCUCGAGGCAGAGGAAGAAAGGCAGAACUCGGCGGGACGACUCCGCAUCCACGAGAUUACCCCGGUCACACUGCGGGCAAUGGAGCAUAUUCUGCCCUGGAAUAUGUUGAGAACAUUAUGA